AUGGACUUCUGUUUCUUCCUCAUUGGUUUCAAGGAGUUCAACAAGCCGUUGGACGACGUCGGGCAAAUCCCGUGCUACUGCUCCAAUUGCCACAACACCUCGGUGUUUGCUAUCCGGACAACCAACGUUGUCACCUUGUUCUUCAUUCCGGUAUUGCCCUUCUACCGCUCCAAGAGACUCAAGUGUAACAUCUGCGGAGCUUCGGGAGACAUCAACAACGAGGUGAUUAACAGACUAAAGUCCGGCCAGCCCGUGGCCAUAGGCUAG